AUGAGUCCACUGGAAAACUCCAACUUUAACAUUGGAGACACAGAAGAUCUGAUGUGCGAAGCAUUUCCUUUUUGUAAUCAAAACAUUGUUGCCAUUUGGAAGAAGCACGUCCAAAGCCAGCCUCCAACCUAUAUAUAUGUGAGUGCAGAUCCUUACUUUAGGAAAGAAUUUAACUCUGUGGGAGAAGAAUACCGUGGGAGAACAAAGUAUUUUAUUAAAGGUCACUACGCAAGGCUGAAAAUAUUUCAAUUGAAAGCUGAAGAUGAAGGCAUUUAUAGCUGCGAAAUCUAUUCAUUGCAAGAUCAACCGAAGUGCUAUUAUUCCAUACAAUUUUUCAAGCUUAACCUGAAGCCAGGAGAGCCAAGAUAUAACUACGAAUUUAACAUAACGAAAUACGGAAUUUUGAAAGAAAAUCAAGUUGAACAAAUGCCUAACACUUCGCAAAGAAAUUUGUCUUGGAAUAUCUUAUUCAUUAUUUCAACAAUCGCUCUACUGGGGUCUUUUGAAAAUUCCUUAUUCAAAUAGUUUUGUUAUAAAAUACAGGAUAUUUGCGCCUUAUAAAUAAAUAAUUUGAAUCUAGAAUUGUUCAGAUAAUAUUUCUACAAUAUAUGCAGGAUUUUGUAAUUUUUCAUGCACCGUUACGCAAUAAAAUUGCUGGAAUCUC